AUGAACAAAAACGGAACAGCUAAAAUGAAUGAUAAUCAAAUUAGAGCAGAAGGUAGAAGGUUAUUUAAACGCUUCUAUAACAUUCCUGAUGGUGUUAAUCCUAAAACUCGUAGAAGUUAUUUAAAUGAAGCAAUAGAUUCAUAUGAAGGGUUUGACAUUUCAUCAGAAAGUGAGAGAUUAGCGAGAAUGUUAAAUGUUAAUAUUGAUUUCUAUUAUUGUGAUCCUCAACCAGAAGACGUGGACAUAAAUAAGGUAGACUUUCCAUUAGUGGAUUCAAUAAUGAUAGAUCCAGAAUUUGAAACAGUAAAUAUUUUAUUAACACAGAGUCCAUGUGGAAAACUUCACGCUGACAGAAUAACAGACGUUGAAGCACUCACCGGCUAUAAAGUUUGUCCAUAUUGUAAAGAAGAAGUUUAUUCUAUCCGUGAUGAUCCAGAAAGGAAAAACCAAAGAAGAUUUUUAAAGCAUUGUGAGAAAUGUAAAGAAAAUAAUGGAAGAUUAAUUCAAGACGUUCAGUUGCAAAAGACACAGCAACCAUAUGCACCACAUAUUACGAAACAGAAGAUAUAUCAGUGGUUAUUAGCUCACAAUUUGCAGGAAUAUUAUCAACCGACAAGAUAUUAUAUUACUUUUGACUUCGAAACAUUAGAGACUAAAGAAGAAUUACAACUUUCUGAGUGUGCAACUUUGAACGCUUACUUAAAACCAUUCAUCAACGGUUAA